GCCGCCGCCGCUGCGCUCCCGCCUCCUGCCCGCUCCCGGGCUCCUGCUGCAGCUGCGGUUCGGGUGGCCGAGCCCCGCGGCGUUGCGGCUCGGAUCUGGCGCCCCGAACGAUCCGCGCCCCUGUCUCGCAGCUCGCCGCCUCCCAAUCCGCGCGCCGCGCUGCGGCAGGUGCCCCGGGCGUCCUGAGGCGCGGUGGCCUGAGCCCGGCCGCCAUCGAUGACCCAGGUCACGGACCUGCUCCAGCCUGGCCACCCCGUGUUGUGUGUCAUCGUCUCUGUUCGGUAUUAAAUCAUGGGGAGGAAGCUGGACCUGUCUGGUCUGACCGAUGAUGAAACACAGCAUGUUCUCCAGGUGGUUCAGCGAGACUUCAAUCUUCGAAAAAAAGAGGAAGAACGACUAAGCGAGCUGAAGCAGAAGCUGGAGGAGGAAGGCAGCAAGUGCAGCAUCCUCUCGAAGCACCAGAAGUUCGUGGAGCACUGCUGCAUGCGCUGCUGUUCGCCCUUCACCUUCCUCAUCAACAGCAAGCGUCGGUGUGGGGACUGUCUGUUCAACGUCUGCAAGAACUGCUGCACCUACCAGAAGCAUGAGAAGGUCUGGGUCUGCUGCGUCUGCCAGCAAGCCAGGCUCCUGAGAGCUCAGUCUCUGGAAUGGUUCUACAAUAAUGUGAAGAGCCGUUUCAAACGCUUCGGCAGUGCCAAGGUCCUGAAGAACCUGUACAGGAAACACCGGCUGGAGAGCGGGGCAUGCUUUGACAUCCUAGGAGGAAGCUAUUUUGAGGCGAACCUGGAGAAUGAAGGAAGUAUUUCAGGAAGUGAGUCAGCAUUUUAUAGGCAGGCGGAAGGACACAGCAUGAUGGACACACUGGCCGUUGCCCUCCGCGUGGCUGAAGAGGCCAUUGAGGAGGCCAUUUCCAAAGCAGAAGCCUAUGGGGACAGCCUGGACAAGCAGAAUGAGGCCAGUUACCUGCGGGACCACAAGGAGGAGCUGACUGAGGAACUGGCCACAACCAUCCUGCAGAAGAUCAUAAGAAAACAGAAGAGCAAAGGUGAGCAGCCCAUGGAAGAGGAGCCAGAGUGGUCACAGCCCCCGAGCUGCAGCGCGAAGGCGGCUGACGAGGGGACCACAGCCUCCCCCGGAGGCCACCAGGCUUCCGGCGGCACCCUCUGGCGGUCCCAGUCUGCAUUCUCGCUCACCAAAGGAGAAGCCCUAAAGACCUCUUCACUGGAGGCUGCGUCAAGGCAGCCGGGGGACCAUGGCCAGCAGCCCAGGGAGGAGUUGGCGUUGCCCAGCUGGAAGAGCGUGGACAGGCUGGAUGAGACAAACCUGGCCCCCGUUUUGCAGAGUCCUGAUGGCAACUGGGUGGCCCUGAAGGAUGGCACUCUGCCCACCACCCGCCUGCUGGCCAAACCUAAGAGUGGCACGUUUCAGGCCCUGGAGGCUGCCUCCAGUGCAGCAUCUGCCUACGAUGAGAUGGGCUCUGACAGCGAGGAGGACUUUGACUGGAGUGAGGCCUUGAGCACGCUGUGCCCAUGGCCUCAGGGCCUGUCCAGAAGUCCCCAGCCUCGGCCUACACAGGCCCAAGGCUUGGACCAAGGCUCCUCAGCUGCCUCUGCCUCCUCCAGGCUCUCCCCCAACCCUGAGGCCUUGUGCUCUGACUCGGAGACCUCCUCGGCAGGCUCUUCCCGGGAAGCUGGACGUCGGGCCAGACUGUCCUGGCUGCAGAGGAAAGCUCCCAGGAACCCUGCAGCUGAGAAGAUGCGCUUACAGGGAGAGCUGGAUGUGAACUUCAACCCUCAGGCAGCCAGCAGGGAGACCUCGGACAGCAGCGAGCCUGAGGAGGCCCCCCAUGCUGCAGACCGCAGGGCUAGGAGGUGGAGAAGGGCCCGAGUGGGCUCAGAGGAGCCAAGCAAGGAACUGACUUCCCCUGACGCCCGUACCCAGAAGCUGGACACACAUCAGGCAAUAAAAUGGGUGUCGGGUGAUUUAUCAGACACUGACCUCAGCAGUGAGACUCAAAACCCCCGGACCAGCACAGACAGCACGGAGGAGAAAGUGAGAAACAGGCUGUUCAAGUUAGCAAUGAGAAUGAGGGAGAAGGAGACUUCUUCAGGGGAGGACCAGGAGUCCGAACCCAAGACAGAGUCUGAGACCCAGAAGGAAAGUCUGUCCUCUGAAGACAACAGCCAGAGUGUCCAGGAAGAGCUGAAGAAGGAAAACAGAGAUGCUUUAGCUGUCCACUUAGAGCUACAGCUCUUAUCCACAGUGCUUGAACAGAAGUAUUCUGCUGUUUCUCUCUGCAACAUCUCCACAGAAGUCCUGAAAGUCAUCAACGCCACGGAGGAGUUGAUAGCAGAGUCUACAGGGCCCUGGGAGUGCCCACCUGUCCUGCCUGACAGAGAGAAAGGGACGUUUCCUCUUGGGACAGACCAAGUGAAGCUGGAUGAGCAGCUGACUUCCCUGGAAGAAAACAAAGGCUGGUUGAACCAGGAGCCAGUCAGUGGAGUCCUGGGCAUCAGUGAUGAAGCAUACGUCAAAGCAGUUGGUCUUUAUAGAUUCAUAAUGCUUUUAACAAAGACUCUCCCCUCCUGCGCUCUCUCCCUACUGAUCCUGCCUUUCUGCUACAUGAAGAUCUCUGACAUCGAGAGCCGGAUCUCAGCCCUGACCAUUGCGGGAUUAAACAUAGCGCCCUGUGUGCGUCUCACACGAAAACGAGACCAGAAACAAAGAAAUCAGGUACAAACUAUAGACACGUCAAGGCAGCAGAGGAGGAAACUGCCCGCUCCACCAGUGAAAGCUGAAAAAAUUGAGGCAUCUUCAGUGACGACCAUUAAAACAUUCAAUCGCAACUUCAUUCUUCAAGGCUCCUCGACAAACAGAACUAAAGAAAGGAAAGGCACCACCAAGGAUUUGGUGGAGCCCACUUUGGAGUCUGCUGUAAUGUAUUAGCGCCAUGGAACUCCACUGCCAGUGACCCCACUGCCUCCGGCCCGACACGACAGUGCCUUGACCCAACAGCCAUUGAGUACUGUAUGGAUUUCCACCUGAGGAGGAGGUCUGGGGAGGCCACGUGCAGCAUUGCGAGGGCUGUCCUGACACCUCACCCAGAGCGCAGUCCCACUCAGCAUUGAGGUCUCGCCCACUCUCUGCCUUAGGCUCCUGGGGGAAUCCAAGACAGAAAACCAUGAUGCUGGCUUCCAACAGCAGAGCUCCACGUCCAAAAGAUGCAUCAUUUCCCUGUUCGCUUUGCUACUGUGUGUUGUCUUUCCCGUCUUUUUUUUUUUUUGAUCCCAUUGAUUCAACUAGAAUGACAUGACAAUUUGUCCAAAGGAAAAUUGUUGGGGUGGAGGAAGGGGUGAUGGUAUUUAAUUCAUCAUGGAUUCUUAUUCAUCUCUCACAAGCAUCUUUGUCUUGCAAAUGCUAGGGUGAAAAUGACCUUGUAGUGAGCACCAGGGACUGUCAAAUUUGGGGAGUGCUCAACCAUCAAGGGUGCAGGUCCCCCUUCAGCCACCUCCUCUCUGCUAAGCUCCUAGCCCACCGCAUCACCAGUCAUUCCCAUUGCUUUGCAAUCACAAGCCACAGACUGGGAAGCUCUGACUCCCCCACGCCAUGCCCAGGUCUGUCUGAAGCAAUGGCUCACUGAGAAUUUAGGUUCUUCCUUGAACUGACUGUGACCCCACUCUGAAGGGGAGAGGGGCUUGAGAAAGCCCAGCAUUGGUUUAACUGUAGGGCACGAUCCAGAAUCAAGAUGAGGUGGGUUAGCAGUGACCGCAUCUAAAUAAGAUUUAGGCAAAUGGAUUAUCGCAGACUAUAACCUUACGUCAUCCUCCAAAAUUUAUUUCCCAAUAACUAUUCAGCAAAAGUAGUAAAAUGACCUUAAAGACAAAAAAAAAAUGGUUAAGGAACAGCCUUCGAAAACUUUACAGGUAUGAAAACAAGCAAGGACAAACUGUGAAUUUAAUGGACACAAGAGUUGACACUAACUCCAUGUUUCCGGUCUCAAAUGCAUGACUCAAGUAUGUUUAUAAAAGCAAAUGGAACUGGAAUUUCACUCAAUUCAUUGUGUAUUUGUAACCUUUUUUAUUUGCUCCUGGUAUAUUCUGAAUGUGAGGAAAAAGGCAAAGAUGGGAGGCAAGAGAAUAGUGUGACUGAUGUUUAUUCUCAUUUUAAUCCUUACAGCAACCCUAUUCAGUAAGUAUCCCCAUUUUUCAGGUUUGGAAACCGAGGGCCAGAGAGACUAAUUUGCCAAAGUCACGCCUUUAAGCUAACUAUAGUUAGAAUGGCUCGCAAGAGCCUCACUCUGUGUUAUUUUCAACUUCAAUGUUCUUUCGCUGCUCGGCACAAUCCCAGACCCAAUUUGCUGCUGAAAUGUGUGUUAUGAUCCAUUCCUGGUGUGGGAGGCGGGGUCUACCUAUCGUCAAGAACACUUUUUGCUGAUGCUGUGUGUGUGUUAUCCAACAGAAACGAUGCCUUUGAAAUAAAGGAAAUCUUUGGCUUUGUGUUCUGUUGGUGAGAUUCAAAGCAAACAAAUACAAAUUUGAAAAACACAACAAAAAAGAUCUGAGUUCCAGCUGAACGUUUCCUUUAAGAGGCAUGAAACGCAACUACCGUUGUGUUACAGUGUUAAAAUAUUCAGUUCUUUAUGACAAAAAUGUGUACUGUGUAAGCCUUGCAAAAAAAAAAAAAAAGAAGCCUGCUCUAUGGCAUUUGAAUUUUUAUAAAGGUUUCCUUGUGCCAAAUAAGUGCAAAGAUUUAAUUUACUAUUAAAAACCAUAAGCAUAUGUUAUAGUUCCAGAAGAAUUAUUUUGUCAUCAAGUGAUUUUGAUCUCCAGUGUCAAUAUUUAUAUUUAGAUUAAUUUUUAUAAAUGAAAAUAUUUUAAUGGUUUAAGAAAAUGAGGACAGUGGGACCAUAUCUUUGAUGACUUCUGAAAGUUAUGCCUGCCUUCCUGUUAUAUGCACAUUGCCAAGAAUUACUGUCAAGAGAAAUGAUACAGAAGUAAAAGUCAUUUAUGAAAAUAA